AUGACGACGAUGGUGGUGACGGAAAUGAUGGUUGUUAUCGUGGUGUUGGUGGUAAUUGUAAUGGUGAUGGUGGUGUUGACGGUGAUUGUGAUGAAAAUGGUUGUGAUGGUGGUGUUGGUGGUGAUGAUGGUGGGGAUGGUGAUGAAAGUGAUGGUGAUGGUGGUGUUGGUGAUUGUGGUUGUGGAGGUGGUGGUGAUGGAGCUUGUUGUGAUGGUGAUGGUGGUGUUGACGGUGGUGGUGGUAGUUAUAGUGAUGUUGAUGAUGUUAAUGGUGGUGAUCGUGGUAGUGAUGGUGGCGGUGAUGGUGGUGGUGAUGAUGGCGAUGGUUGUUGUGAUGAUGGUGCUGAUGGUGGUGGUGAUGGUGGUUAUGAUUGUGGUGGUUUUGAUAGUUGUGGUUGUUGUGGUUGUUUUGGUGGUGAUGAUGGUGACGGUUAUGAUGGUUGUUGUAGUAAUGGUGGUGGUGUUGGUGGUGGUGAUGGUAUUGGUGACGUAG